AGUGAAUCCUGGGUAGUGGGAGUUCUUCCUAGGAUUCAUGGAGAAACUCCUGCUGCUCUUCUUUUUUUCCUGGAAAAAAGAACCCAUUUUUCCACUGGCAGAAAAGACUCCCACUGGUAACUUAAGGAGCCAAGUUGCCCUGAAAGAUCAUGAACUUGUCAUCUGAGCACUGCAACAUAUCAGAUUGGCUGAGGCUGGAAGCAACAGUGAAGGCCUCUGUGUAUGUGGUUGCCUUCUUCUUUACCACAUUUGUCACUGUCAUCAUCAUCACGAUAGUGUCCCAGAAUUCAAAGCUGAAGAAAGAGGUCCGAUACAUCCUCCUGUGCCAUCAUCUGCUGUGCAUCUCCUCCUACUGUGGCCUGGGGGUGGUUUUCCAAGGGAUGCGGGCUCUGCUGGCCAACAGCCCUGUGCUGAUGUGCUGGGUGGUAUUUGGGGUCCAGCUAAGUGUUGGAGAAGGGAUCCUCUUCACACUGGCUUUGAUGGCUGUCAACACUUACCUGGCCAUUUGCUGGCCUUUGAAAUCUCUGUCCUUUGUAGAUUCAGUUAAGUAUAGGAUUCUGGCUGGGUCUUGGAUAAUUAUUAUAUUCAAGAAUGUUUGCUUAUUCCUCAUAGAGGGCACUACCUCCACUCAGGUGGCUGUCUUAAAAUCUGAACCCCUUUGCCCUGUGAUCUUGAAUGGCUCUGCUGCCAGAGCCAUUGGCAUGGUUUUCCUUUUCCUUCUUCUGUCCAUCAUUCUUAUAAGUUACUCUCUGAUCUACCAAGAGGGGAAACGAGCUGGCCAUUUUAAUAGAUCAAAUAUCAAAGCAAGGAAAACAGUCCUUAUUCAUUUAGUGCAGAUAGGUUUACAUGUAAUACCAACCCUGGUAUUCAUAGGUUUGGGAAAGAUGUGUGGGGUGUUUUUCUUUGCUUUAAAUAUGGUGCUUUUUGGAGUCUUUGCAUUUGCCCAGUGUCUUAACCCUUUGAUCUAUGGGCUCUGGAAUAGAGAGCUGCAGAGUAAAUUGUACCGUUGGAUGUGCUGUCAGCUAUAGUGUGGUCACAUGAUGAACAACAGAGAGCCAGUUUAACCCAAAACUCAGUCAUUUUGAUCAAUAACUCUAGCCUUAAUGGACCAUCAGCUAGGCUCGAGGACUUGCUUUUUA